CGCGCGUAGUCGGGACUGGAGCCUGUGAUAAAUCUCCCUGUUCCUGUCAAGAACACAGCUGAGCGAUGACUCGGUUGUCAGCGGCUGUGAAAUAGAUCCAGUUGUUGCUAUAUGCCCCAUUAAUCUGGAGGAGAAUUAAACAAAUUAGAUAUUGAUCUCGAGCGGAUCGUAUAUCAAACAGACGGGGAAGUAUUGAUUUAUACCAUCUUGGACUAGUCCUUGAACGGAAUAUUCCCAUAUCUAGAUUCUACAGGAAGGCUGUUUUGAUGUCUGCGCAGCGGGAGUCUCUAUGGAUGUGUGGACACAUCACUCUGGGCUACGGGCUCUUUCUCCUGGUCGCCCUUCCAGACCUCACCACAGGCAGGCAAGGGAACUGCAGCCACCCACUGGUGCCAGAACACGGGGGCUUCCACUGCGAGCCCUCCCCCUGCCGAGGCUUCCCCCAGAAGAGCUUGAUCUACUACUUCUGUGAGCCCGGCUACACCAUCCCCAAAGAGGUGCACAGCUCGCGCUGCCGCCACGGCAAAUGGAUCCCCAGCGUGCCCACCUGUCUGUCCACAGCAGACAGACAUGUUAACUAUGAGGACCAGGUGGCCCACUCACUCCCUAGCGUUGCCACGACGGCGGUGGGCGUGUCCAUAUUCCUUCUCACCACCACGGCCUGCUUGGUGAUCAAGUCCCGCCUUUUUCCCUGUCACUCACACAGCAGGCGCUCCUCUGACCAGAUGGAUCUGAUGGUGGAUGGCCUGCCUGUGUCUCUGCCCACCUAUGAGGAGGCUGUCUAUGGGAGCUGGGGGCAACACCUGCCCCCCUGCAGAGGGCCCACCCAGCUCCUAUUGGCCCAGGAGGCACCAGGUCCAUCAUUAGCUCACAACCAAUCAGAUUCCAGUCACCUUAUCCCUCAAUCCAAUCAAAGCCCAGAGAUCCUUCCGCCCCCUUACGAGGAGAUCCAAUCCCGUCCCAGAGAGAGUCAGAGUGAGGUGGACGUGCGGGCCAUACAAGUUGCACUUCCCGAUGACAAGGACAUUUGAGUGACUGCCGUAUUUAUGUUACCCACCAAUGAUGUACUGACUUGUAAAAUCAUGUGCUCAGGCACUUGCAGUGGGGCAAAAAAGUAUUUAGUCAGCCACCAAUUGUGCAAGUUCUCCCACUUAAAAAGAUGCGAGAGGCCUGUAAUUAUCAUCAUAGGUACACUUCAACUUUGACAGACAAAAUAAGAA